AUGCAGUACUCCGCCAUUGUUCUGUCCCUCCUUGCUGCCACUGGCGCCCUUGCCGCUCCAGCCAAGCGCACAACCGACAACUCCAUUCGAGUCACCCUCUCUGACGGCAACCUUGCCACCCAGACCGCCUUCGAGGAGGGCUCUCGCCAAGCCAAGAAGCCAGUGGGUUCUUCAGGCCCAUACAACACCGUCGAACUCAGCGUCGGCGCCGACGUCGAGCAGCAAACCCUCCGCUGCCAAAUCCUCGACCGCUCAUCCAACCCCAUCACCGUCCUCCGCGGCGAGAACGUCGACAUCACCUUCUCCGACGCCGGCAAAGGCCUAUGGACCUUCCAGGACGGCAACACCGAAGUCUCUCAAAUCAUCUGCGAUCCGGAUUUCGUCGCCGCAUCUGCUCCUCCCGCCGAGGAUGAGGAUGAGGAAGACGAAGAUCUCAGCAUCCGCGUAACUCUGACUGACGGCAAUCUCGCUACUCAAACCCCUUUCGACGAAGCCGGUCUUGUCCGUGAACAGAAAUCCCCAGUUGGUUCCGAGGGUCCUUACAACAGCGUCGAACUCGCUCUCGGUGCUGAUGUCAACCCAGACCUUCGCUGCCAGAUUCUUGACUCUCGUAAUCACGCUAUCACUGUUCAGCGCGGUCAGAAUAUCGAUACUACUUUCGCUGAUGGUGGGAAUGGUCCGUGGAUGUUUCUUUACCCGGAAGAGGCUGAGGUUUCUAAGAUUGUUUGUGAUCCGGCUUUCGUUAAGGCUUCGGCUUAA